AUAACUAGUUAGAAGGGCCUGUGUCAUGUUAAAACUGCGUAGAAAUUCAGAAAUUAGCUUUAGGUGGGUGGGGGGGAGUUGACCCUCUGCUUUUCGGUAUUAUAUAACGUUACGAGUGCAACAAAUGCGUUGUUUCCGGAGAGCGUUGAUGGUCUUGAACGUACCCUUCUUCCUUAGCCCUGUUCCCGGGCAAAAAAAAAAUCUGCUACUAAAAAAACGCUAGGCGCGAGAUAAGAAAUUGAAACGCAUGAGUCUGGUUGAUUCGUUUUCCACAGUUUAGCUACUCUAUUUUCAAAGUAUUGUAACUUAUUAAAGUUGUUUGUUACGGUUAGAGUCCCGCGUCGGUUGAAACAGACGGGACUGUGAGGCAAGGCCGCGACAGUUGGGGUUUUUGGGAGGUUUGCUGGACCCUCCUAGAAGCUGGGGGGGAAAUGUCCGGUUGGCCGCGCGGGUAAGCCAAUGCAAUGGGUUUAUACCGUUUAUCUUAUUCAGUAGUGAAAAUGAGCCAUGUGCAUCAACUUAUUCCACCAGAACCUGGAACUGUGACUGUAGACCAGAGAGCGAAAAUGCCUUGGUAAAUUGUGACGUUAUACUUCCAGUGGUCUUCGUGUGCAAUUUGGUUGUAAUCCCGGAAGCUAGUCUCGCUAGCUAACGUUGACUGUUCAGUAACAGUUAAACAGCCCGUUUAGAAAGCCGUUGUUAUCGUGGCCAGCAGUCGGCUAGUAGUUGUUUGCUAGCAGGCUGGACACGUUCGCUAACGUUACCGGCAUCUUCACUACCAGUUGCAGUCAAGAAUACGUUUUUUUCUGUCAACAUGCAGAGUGAAGAUGGAGAUGAAAUGCUGUGUGUUGACACAGACUCUGAUGUGGCGGAACAGCGGGAGAGUUAUAAAGUUAAAGUGAAAUGGACGCAUGAGGAGGAUGAGAAUCUAAAGAUCCUGGUGCACAACUUUGGAAAUAGUGACUGGACAACUAUCGCCAGCUUCCUACCAGGACGCACAGAGUAUCAAUGUAUGCACCGCUAUAUGAAGGCUCUAGAUCCAGAUUUAAUCAAGGGGACUUGGACCAAGGAGGAGGACGACAAGGUCAUUGAGCUGGUGAGUAAAUAUGGGACCAAGCAGUGGGCGAUGGUGGCCAGGCACCUGAAGGGUCGCCAGGGGAAGCAAUGCAGGGAGCGAUGGCACAACCACCUCAACCCGGACGUGAAGAAGUCCUCGUGGACCCCAGAGGAGGACCUGAUCAUCUACAAAGCCCACUGUGUCCUUGGGAACCGCUGGGCGGAGAUCGCCAAGCUUCUACCUGGAAGGACGGACAAUGCUGUGAAAAACCACUGGAACUCAACCAUCAAACGUAAAGCCGAGAUGGGAGCAUAUGUUAUGGAUGAUGACGGGAGCCCGCUACCACCCACUUCUCUGGAGCAGGGCGAGGUAGAUUUUCGUUGUGACGUUGUUUUGGACACGGAGCCUGAACCUCCAGAGGUGAUGAGGCAGUAUAGAGAGGCUAUAGACCCCAUGCUAAAAAUUAGGCCAAAAAAGGACUCUCACCCAGUCAGGUCAAAGACAGUGGUGUUCCCGCCUGUCUUAGCCAAGAGGGACUCCAACAGCCCCUGCUCUAGCUCCGGUCCUAGCAGCGUCCCCACUCUCCACCAGUCUCGCCAGAAGAGCAUCACAGAGGCCGUAUUGCGGAUGAUAGCGGAGGACAUGCUGCCCCUCAGCUUCGUGGAGGGCUCAGGCUUCAGGAGCUUCAUGUCUGUGAUAGGCCCCCAAUAUCAGAGGCUGUCCCAGCGUGCCGUGGGCCUCCGUCUGUACGACGACGUGGAGAAGGCAAUCAAGCCCCAUCUGAUCCGCGACCUGAAGACCUGCUUGGCUGCCAGCGCGGGCGAUGCCGUUGUUCACGCCACCCUGGACCUCUGGGCCAGCCCCUACGCCGACCCUGUUGUCGCCGUGCAGUUGCACUUCCUGGAUGAUGACUGGCACAUCCACCGGCCCACCGUGGCCUUUCGCCACAUCGGCCACAAGAACAUGAACGUGGCCAUGGCCCGGGAGCUGGAAGCCGUGCUGCUGAGCUAUGGCCUGUUCCCCAACAAUCUGGGUUACAUCAUCACCAACGAGGCCAAGCACACCAUCGCUGCCUACGACCUCUUUUGCGACUAUAGGAUCAUGUGCUCGUCUCAGAGGGGCGACCCGGACGAAGAGGAGAUGCUAGCCUUCCUGGGUGACAAGAUGCCCACGGAGGACUUCUCAGAGAUCCAGUUUGGCACGCGCGUGGGCUGCGUCGCCAACAUGCUGCAGCUGGUGAUCAAAGAGGCUCUAAAGAACUCUCGCGUGGUGGAGAACCUGCUGUCUCAGGUGCACAACGUGGUGGCCUUCUUCCGCCGCAGCGCCUACUGGAACGAGGUGCUGCUGAAGGAGUGUGGCCUGUCACUGGCCCCCUCACCCGGCAGCUGCCGCUGGAAUUCCACCUUUGUGUCGAUGCGGCGGAUGGUACAGGAGGCUGUGUGGGGCUCAGUCAUGACCCUGCUUGCCCAGGCCCGCAUUGAGGCCAAGGACUCGUCCAGCUCCCCGCCCAUGGUGAGGGCCAAGCGGGAGCAGGUGGUGGACAUCAUCGGCCUGCUGGAGCCCUUUGAGGAGGCCAUCCAGGUGCUUCAGAGCGAUGCCGUCACCUUCUCCCUCAUCAUACCCUCCCUGAUCGGCCUGGACAAGACCCUGGAGACCCGCUCAACCAACUACAGCCACUUCUCCAAGGGGCUCCGCUCCGGCCUGCAAACACACUUCCAGCCCCUCUUCCUGCAGAGGGACCUGAUCCUGGUCACGGUGCUGGACCCCCGCAUUAAGCUCCAGCCCUUCGAUGACGUGAAGCAGGAGGGGGACACCGCCUCCCUGGCCGCCCCCACCAAGUUCCAGGUCCAAAUGCUGGUCAAGUCGUUGGUCAGCGACAUGGAUUCCUCGAACCCAGUGAAGCAAGAGGAGAGUGAAGAGAUCCAGGAGGACUCUGAGGCCUCCAGCUCUAACAGUGGCAGCGGCAACCUCAAGCGCAAGUCCAUCUUCAGUUUCCUCCAGCCUGCGGCCAAGAGCAUGAAGCUGUCUGAGCUGGACCAGUACUUGUCAGAGCCUGUGCUGGAUGGGGACGGCUCCACCCAGGUUUUCUGGAGAGACGCCUCACGGUUUCCCCAGCUGCAGAGAGCGGCCAGGAAACUGCUGGCUGUGCCUGCCACCUCAGGCGGCUUUGAUCGACUCUUCCCCAUGGCGUCCUGCAUCGUCAGGGCCAAGAGGAGCCGGCUGCCCCCUCACACCACUGAGAGGCUGCUGAUCUACAGGGAGUCCCUGAGGGCGAAAGACGGGAGGUCCAAUUUCAAUGGCGCCACUAAACCGUCAUAGACAUGCUGAACACAGUGCCUGCUACUGCCCUAUAUAUCUCAUUAUCAGUCCUGUGCGUGCAGGGUCUCUUACCCUAAUCUGUUACUCGAUUGUCAUCCAAGUUUACAUGAUUGAACAAUGAGCCGGGACAAAACCCUGCACACCAAGGAUUGAGCUUUAAGGGCUGAGUGAUGUCAUGUCAACAAAUGUAACACAACAGAAAUAAUACCUCUAAAUAAUGUUAUUUUUGUAAUUAUGAAGUUAAUACAUUUUAGAUAUGUAAAGAAUUUGGAAAGAACAUGUUUGGUACACCUUGUAAUGGACGAUAUGGUAAGAUGGCCAAUUAUCUUUGAGUGUAUCCUGGAAACUUUUCUUUACUUUUUGUGUUUGGAGUUUGAAUCUGCAAACAGAUAUCGGAAAUGAAAUCUUCUACAUAAGCAUUCUUUUCAUUACCUACUGUAGUUUUUUCUUUAAAGGGGCAAUCAGCAGUUGCUAUAGCCGUUUUUGGACUUAUCAUUAAUUUAUAUGUACCCAUUGAUUCAUGAAGAAUAUAACUUAUAAAUGCCUCAUGAGCUUAACUCAACUGCCAUACCCUAUCAGAACCCGAAAUAUAAGUUUGUUUUACUCUAAAACUAUAUUAUAUUUUGAUAUCAUGGAUGGUCAGUCCUUGCAUCCAAUGGCUCUGUCUAUGAAUUUGAGAGUGGUUACUUUUCUCUAGCCCCAUCCCUCAAUUCUUUACUGAAACGGGGAUGGUGAGGACGCUUUGUUAUUGUUUCUGCUGCCGAUUGUCGCUUUAAGGAUCACGUAGCAAUACAGGGAACCUGUGUUAUACAGUGACAAUUGAGGUCAUUGAAUGGUGAGUGGUUUUUUUCUGAUUUGUUUGGUCAAACACAACUUUCAAUCAAUGGACAUUGUUUGCGUAUAUUACUGUAAACAGGUCUUCAUCUUGUUGACAUAUUUCACCAAUAGAAAGUGCACUUUUCUCUACCUCUUCAUAUCUCUACAACUUUGAGGUUUCAGUUGCUUUUCACUGUGAACUCUUGCUUGGGGACUAAUCGCAUAGCAAGUAGUGCUAGAAUAGUAGAUUGAUAUACUGCUUUUCUUUUGAAGCUGCACAAAUGUUAAUUUGUAUCGGCUUGGAAUGAGUGAUCAUUUCUAAGUGUACUUAUUUAAAUAAAACAGUUCCUUAAGAAAUUCAUUUGAAUUUGAAUGUACAGUAGGGGCAGUUUUUGUUAACUAAUGAUGAGUAAUGACAGAGUAAGAUGUCUUUAUACUGUAUGCAACUGAGUCGAGCAGUUAAGUGGUUUCCUUGCCCAAGCCUAUAGUAUUGGCAGUAUUUCUCCUCCCUGAUAUUGUCUGGAAAUGUCACUAUUUCAUUCUUUAUUCUUAUUAAUUUUGUGAAUAAAUAAUUAUCAUUUUCUAAGACUAAAAUGUGUCAGGAUAUCCACACAACUGUAAUUUCUCCAUGUAUUUAUUCUAUUUGCUUGAAACUAACAAUGCCUUGAAUGAAUGCAAUUUACUCCAAUCAUGUAAUGUCAUGGAUUUCGAUUUUUUAAUUUUUUUAUUGGGCUUAUUUUGGGGGAGAUUGUGUUAAACAAAUGCACCCCCUCGAUGUUUCAUGAACUACUGGUAAUUCAUAUAGUACUGUGUCCAAUUUCCCUUUCUCUCACAAAACAACUGUCUUUAGUUGGGCUGAAAUGUAUGGAAAAUAAAGACAUUCAAUUUUAUUGUU